AUGUCUGAGGCACCAACUAAACUGCUGAAAACAGCAGCUGUGAUGUUGGAGAAAGAGAAGAAGGACAAGAAGCAGGAGAGAGAAGCUACUUUGAGUGAGAGAGUCCCUUCACUUCAGCUGUCUGGUUUGUCCAUGCAGGAACUUCAGGCUCUGUGCAGAGAACUGCACCAUAAAAUUGAUGUGGUAGAUGAAGAGCGUUACGACAUUGAAUCCAAGGUGGCAAAGAAUAACAAGGAGAUCGAAAAUUUGUCUCUUAAAAUCAUUGAGCUGAAGGGUAAGAUGAAGCGACCUGCUCUCAAGAGGGUGAAGAUCUCAGCUGACGCCAUGUUGGGCGCUCUGCUGGGCUCGAAGGUCAAAGAGUCUGUGGACUUCAAGGCCAACCUGAAGACUGUGAAGAAGGAGGAGGAGAAGAAAGAGGAAGUGACUGACUGGCGUAAGAACGUGGAGGCCAUGUCUGGUAUGGAGGGCAGGAAGAAGCUGUUUGAUGCCGGACAGUAGAUUUGUAUUCAUGGACAUUUUAAACUGCUUUAAUAGAUCUAAUGUAAUUGUAGUGAAAGAGAAACUAGAGAAAAAUUAGGUUAAUGUUACGACACACAACUAGCAAACCCACAGUGUA